AUUUUACAACAUCCAUAUUCGUCUCCGCACGUAAAUGCCUCAAUGGACAAAUCAAUGUGCUAGUUUGUGUGUUUGGUCCCCUCUUCUAUCCCCAUCGGAAAAACAACUUGCACCUAUUUGGGAACGUCAUCCAUUUUCAGCCUUGGGGCGGUUUUAACUAAUUGACAAUUGAGGUGUCUAGGCAUAGUACCUGAAAUUUGAAGGUACUUCAAGUAAGCAAGUUAUUGUCCUCGUUCUGGAAGCCAGCAGCCAGUUGGUCGCUACUUGUUGUAGUAAGUAGAUACAAAGUACAAAUAAAUUUAUGUAAAGUCUCGUCACCGACACCUUCGACUGAGUACUAGAGAACGAGAUAACUUCAGGAUGGUGCAACCUCCGAGCCGCGGUUCCGAGCCUCAGGAGCAAAACACGACGGAUCUUACUAGCACUACCAAAUCCGACGGAUCGUCAGCAUGGCACGUUGCUUCCGGUAAGAAGAGGCGGGGGAGUGAGAGGAAGGACCGACCGUCUACUACUGAGAAGACGAGUAAAAAUCCAAUCGUUGCUCCAAAGCAAGAAGAGGCACAAAAGCAGACACAAGAACCGCAGAAGGAAGCACAACAACAAGCGGAUCCUGGCGUGUUCGGUGCAUCGUGCUUUCCGGGUUCUACUUCUCCUCUUGCUUCUAAGAAAUCAAAAGGCAUUCCUACAAAGUCAAAGGAAAGACUCCUACCUUCGGAAGACGAUGAAGACCAAGUUGUUGUUCAAUCUGAUCGAUCCAUCUUCAGUCCUGCUUCUAGGCGGCCAGUCGUUCUCACCCACGGCAACAGUGCGAGUUCGGGAACUGUUAGUACGCGAUCCAACAGCUCUUCCAGUGUUGCGUCGUCAAGGUCAUCACCAAAACAAGUUGGGGCUUUCAGCUAUGCAGAAGCACUGCAGCUUGGAGCGUUUAACACAAACACAACAACUUCUACUAGUGCAUUUUCAUCUAGUACUACAAAUAAUACAGUCGGCACUACAUCAAAGACGGGGACAAGAACUACAUCGAAGACGGGCACCACCGUUACUGCAUCCACUUCUAGCGUCGCAACAUCCAAUGCGGCUGCACUGACACUGCCAGCGUCUGGCCUCCUCGCAGAUUCAAUUCCAAGCAUUUCACCUAUGCACGCAGUAGGGGGUCUCGGACUAAAAGUUGAGCAAGAGGAGAACGAUGUGGAUGAAAGCAAGAACAAGGAUAUGAAUGUUGAUGUGGAUGGGUCGCAGAAAGUACCUCCUCCAUCGAAGAAGAGUAAGUCAACUUCGAAGGCUACUGUACCGCAGGCGAAGAACAGUGAUGCGGUAGUCGGGGACUCUGCUGUUCCUGCGUCGAAGAACAGUGAACCUGCAUCUAAGAAGGACGCUACUCCUGCGUCGCAGAACAGUGAACGUGCCGCCAAAGACCCUACUCCUGCGUCGAAGAACAGUGAACCUGCAUCUAAGAAGGACGCUACUCCUGCGUCGAAGAAGACCACUUCUGCUCUAACGUCGAAGAAGAACACAGCUGCUGCUGCCGCGUCGGUUACCUCGAACGCCGUUGCUAUCGUGGAGGUGCGCGCACCCACGGGGAAGAAGGCUGCUAGAAGUGCUUUAAAGAGUGGCUCCAGUGGUCCUGUUACCACAGUAGAGGCGGUCGCGGGAGAAGGUGAACAACCUAAUAGAGGAGUUCCAAAGCCUGAAGCGCCAAAACUGAGGUCAACCAGUGCAUACAAGGGUAAAGGCUUCACAGCAAAAUCUUACGAACCUGUCACUCCGAAAGAUGGAGAAGACACGACGUCUAGAAGUGCGAACAACAACAACAACUUGGUAGAGGAAAGAACUAGUGGGACGAGUGCUGACAACAAGGUGGAGAAGCAAGUUACAGUACUAAAGAGGCCUACUGCUGCUGCUGAUACAGCUAGUAAGGUUGAAGCUGGAGAGAAACGAGUGAGUACCUGGACCGAAGCACCUGCCGCUACAGCCUCCGCUGCUGAAACCAAGGAAGUAGCUACGAAGAAUGUUGAUGAUGAAACUGCAGAUGUUCGUACGAAUACUGCCAAGAAUGCAAUUUUUGCAACUAAGAAGACGAGGAAGAGCAAAGCCAAGAAAAUGGAGUGGUCCCAGGAAGCUCAGCAAGAACAACCCGAGAAGGAGCAAGGACAACAAAAACUGGAUUCCAAAUGUCAACAACUAGCAGCACAAGGUGUUGCCAAGAAGGAGGAGAAGGCACGAACGAACUUGUUCUAUGCGAAUCGAGUCGCAGAACUCCAAAAAGCACGUGGGAAGGUUGCCCAGAAGAAAGCAGCUGCCGCCGCGGUAGUCUUGGAAAAGAUUAGGCGCGCUCUUCCUGCGCAUAUUUUAGCCGAAGGCACUGGCCCUUCAUUCGCGGAUAAAAAGCGCACUAUCCGUCAUGUUCAUCAUUUUGCCAAACCUCACUCAGCAUCUUCUGAGACAGAACCGCAGUCAAAGGACUCAGACACUCAAGCAACAGGCAAAGCACUGAAGAACCAGCCAUCUCCGAUCCCUGCUGCAGUCGAAGCUGUCCUCCUAAGCGCCUCCGCUCCAGGACUUCAAGUCUCUGUCCACAGCGAGUCCUCCAGUCGUGUGGCGAUGAAAAAGAACAGGAGGAGGAAAAAAGCACGUCAGAUGAAAACCGACAUGAUGGAUAUAGCCGAAAACGAAGCAGCUGGAGGUGACAUCGGUUCUGCUCUCGCGUCCCUGAUGCUAGGAACACCGGCUGAAGACUCAGUCCAAACCAUGAUCGAAAGGGAACAGCAACUAGGUUCUUUGAGUCUUAGAGGAGGUGAGAACACGCCAGUCUCUUUGUACGGACGCAACGGGUUCAGUAGCGUGAAUGAUGGAGACCACAGGAUGCUGAGUCAGAGCUAUCAUGGCGGACAUCAAGGUGGAAAAGGUGGAUUGAGGAGACCGCCUCCAGGUCUCGGAUAUUCACCAUGGCAAAAAGGCUAUAAUGACGACCCGCCGUUCUCUAAAGGAACCUUUUCUAAGUCGAACAAAGGUGGAAAAGGCAGCUUGUUUAGCAAGGGAAAGAAAGGCUUCUGGAAAGGUGAUUUCUCACUUGGAAAAGGUGGAGGUAAGUUCUGUUCAGAUGGUUUUUUCAGCAGCGGAAAAAAGGGAAUGAGUAGUUGCAAAGGUGGAGACUUCAACUUGUGGGCACUAGGAUCUUCUUCCUCUUCUUCGGGGAACAAGAUGGAUCAUGAUGCUCAUGCCGUAGAAAACCAAAGCACUCAUCCUGUAGAAGAUGUGGAGUCAAUGCCUGAGCAUAACUUGGUGGCGCUGGAAGGACGCACAGCAGCCGACCUCCAAAAGGCAUUGGAAGAUCAUGCGAAAGCAGCUCAGACCAACAUGAACCUGUUGACCUACCUCUUGCUAGCCCAACAGGAUCAAAUCUUGCGGCAGCAAGCGGCCAUCGAGCAGAUCUCGGCACCGCCAACAGUUGCUGCGGCGGCCGCUGCUUCUUCAGCUGCUGGAGGAAGCGAGAAACAACAGCCAUCAUCUUCAAAAAGUAAGACUUCUGAUCAUCUCAGUAAGAAGAGCACUAGUAGCAACUCAGCUAGCAAAACAGCCGCAAGCCAAAAGAGUGGUACUAGUGGGACGCAUGACCUACUGCAAGGUAACAGCUUGUCUUCACUUUUGUCAUCGAGUGUGGCCGCGAAUCCUCUGCCGCCUUUCACUGGCGCUACGACUGGAGCUCCGACAUCCCUGGGAUCUUUUCCGCUGAAUUCAUCUAGUAGUCUGCCUCCAAUGGGAGGAGGGGUUGUGCCUAAUCCCCUCUCCUCAAUGGGAGGCAUGGGAAUGGGAAGUUUGUUGUCGAAUCCUAUGGGUAGCGGUGUGCUUGGAGGGAACUUGUUUGGAGGUACUACGACGCCAGGAUCAGCAGGUCCGGUUGGAGGUUUCAGUGUUGGAAUGAGCUCUUUUAGUAGCUUGAAUCCGCUUGAACAAGGGCAAUUGCUGGAUAUGGCGACGCUGGGGGUGAAUAGCAAUAUACAUGGAGGGCUUCCACCAGGAUCUGUCGGCAACGGAGUAUCGUCGACUUUUGGUGGCCUUAUACCGCUUUCUUCUUUUUCAUCAUCUUCUAGUACGUCUAAUAUGUUUUGUGGCAACAAUAUAACAGGGAUGGGCAUCAUUCCUCCUCCGAACAGUGCAAUGACGAGUGGCGCAGCGUCAGGAGCACCAUCAUCAACAACGAAUGAACUGCUCAGCGCGGUCAUGAAUAGUGGUCCCAAUUAUUGGGAGCUUAGUGGGUGGGACAAACUCGCUGAAACUGAUAGCAACGAACCGGUCCAAGUGCCAUCACAGCAAGGCCCUUCGCGCACUUCUUCUUCUUCUAUAGGGAGGAACAACAACAAUCCGAACGGGGGCACUUCUACGUGGAACAACAACAACAACAAUCAAAACGCUUCUCAGAACGGUGGCAACCACAACAAUCAAGAUGGUGGUAAAAAAGGCAAGUCAAAGAAAUCACGGUCACGCACCAACAGUAAGGGAUCCAGCGCACCUGGAUCAGCAACUGGAGUAGUUGAGGGACGUGGUAGAGACGAAAGCAGUUCGAAGCAAACCUCGAAGUUGAUCCUACCCGCUCCAGAAGCGGUGGAGGGCGGGCAUCGUAAAGAGGCAGCAGGCCGAUCGGGAGCCUCUUCAACCGCAUCUUCAGACACGACGAGGAAAGAGAAAGAAGUACUUGGCGGAGCAGGCGUGGGCACUUAUGUUGAGGUAGAACAAGGUCAAGGUCAAUACAACUCAGGGUCAGGGCAAUGUUCUGAACAAGAACCUUGCAACUCUGCGUCGUCUUCUACAACCAUACGGAGUCAGCCAGUAGAUUUACCGCAGGUGCCACCACUACCGCCUUUCACGAAUUUCGACUCUCUUACACCAACAAGCAUUGUGAUGCCGAGUUCUCCGCCAAAAUUUCUCGCGCCACCGCCUUCUAGUAGCAGUACAACCAGUUGUUUCUCAUCAUUUAGUACGUUCGGGACACCAUUGGGAUUGGCUCCUACGCAACCCUCUAGUUCUUGUACGCCGAAUCAAUUGCCUCCAGUAUCGAUGCCUUCAAUACCCUCGCCAGCACCCUUAGCAUCACCACACAACGGAAUGGCAAAUACGCUUCCUUUGUCGAGCGUCACUGAGCAGAGUUUCGUUUUGCCUUCAUCGUUUGAUAGCAGCGUGCUUUGUCCCUGGGCUACCAUGCAGCCGCUGCGAACGGAUGCGUCGAGCUGCGUUGUGACACCCGCUUCACAGCAGCUCUCGCAGCAAUUCUCCCCACCUCAAAUGCCACCAGUAUUGCCAUAG